AUGGCGACCGCGUCAGCACCUACCGCCCUGAAGGGCGCCGUGGGAGCGUACAAGGACAUCCAAACCGUGAGUUUCUCUAAGGAAAAGGAACUGAAAGGCACCGAGAAGUUUGCUGCGGCGAGUUUCCCAAGUUAUCUCCCCGUCUGGGACAAUGAGAAGGGUGAACUAUAUCCGCCUUUAGAACCAUUCGAGCAUUAUGAGCAUGGAAAAGACGCCGACCCGUCAUUCAAGAACCUUUUGAAGGCCGGCAGCCAGAUUGAAAACAUCACCGCCUCGAUUGGUGCCGAGGUGACUGGCGUUCAACUGUCUCAGCUCGACAACAAAGGCAAAGAUGAACUGGCUCUCUUGGUUGCUCAGAAGAAGGUCGUCGCUUUCCGAGACCAGGACUUUGCUUCUCUGCCUAUCGAGAAGGCCUUGGAGUUUGGGCGUGGUGCUCCAGAGGGCUUCCCUGAAGUCCACCUUGUCCACCGUGGUGCUGAUGACAAGUCCUUCCUCGACUUCCUGACCAGCCGAACCAACUCCAUCGCGUGGCACAGUGAUGUGACAUAUGAGAACCAGCCUCCGGGGACCACAUUCUUGUAUGCCCUCGACGUCCCCGACGCGGGUGGCGAUACCCUGUUCUGCAAUAUGGUCAAAGCCUAUGAACGCCUCUCUCCCGCCUUCCAGGAACGCCUGGCAGGUCUGCAGGCCGUCCACUCGGGGUAUGAACAGGCCACGGCCGCCAAAAACCGUGGAAGCAUCUAUCGUCGCGCACCCGUCUCUUCGAUCCAUCCGAUCGUGCGGACCCAUCCAGCGACCGGCGAGAAGGCUCUGUAUGUCAACCCUCAAUUCACCAGAUACAUUGUCGGGUUCAAACAGGAGGAAAGCGAUUAUCUCUUGAAGUUCCUGUAUGACCAUAUCGCCCUGAGCCAGGAUAUCCAGUGCCGCGUCCGAUGGAAGCCCGGCACCGUCGUUGUUUGGGACAACCGCGUCACAACACACUCUGCUUUGAUUGAUUGGCAAGAUGGCCAGCGUCGACACAUUGCACGCAUCACCCCGCAAGCAGAGCGCCCGUCUGAAUAG